AUGACCGAGAAGACAAGUUUCAAGGUCGCCAACAGCGAGAUCGCGACCCGCGCGAUCGAGCCUCUUUCGCGGACAUCGCGCUGUGCGUGGGAGGACGGCAGCGUCGACGGCAGCGUCGACGACGGCGUCGACGACGACGUCGAGUUCACGUUUCCGUCGCAUCCCAAGCGAUUCCACCACGGUCUGCAGCGCGAGUCGUUGGCCCCCAGCAUCGCCGAUGGCUCCGGCCUCGCUGCUGAUCUCGCGGCAACCGACGACGACGUGGGCUCUUUGCUGGCACGUAACGACGAUUUCUGGCGCGAAGUGGGCUCCUCGUGCGGCGAGGAGGACGCCGAGCCAGCGCCAGUGCCCGUGUUGACGCCGGCGCCAGCACCGGCGUCGGCGCCGGUGCUGGCACCGGUUGCGGAGCCCCGUCUCGACGAUUUCAUCCGCGACGCGGACCUAGACUCGCUCGCCUCGACGUGCGCGCUCGAGAGCGCACUCGAGUCCGUGUCGCCCCACUACCGCGUGCGGAACGUGUGUUUGCGCGACGCCGACGGCAAACUCGCGCUGACCGGGUCCCAGACGCACGGCGUGCAUAAGCCCGCGCAGAGCGCUGCUAAGCGGUCCCGCAAGCUGUUGCGGCGCGUGCUGCGCCGCAAUAGCGGUGUCUGGGAAAUGGUGUGUCCCAGCGUCGCGGUGGCCGAGUUCAUGCUGCUGUGA